AUGUCCUCAUCGUUACGUGGCACUCUUUCGAAGAGAUAUGCUUGUCUGACAGGAUUAGCUAACCCCGAACCUCAGUAUAAAAAUACCAGACAUAAUGUAGGUGUACUAAUGCUUGAUCUAUUCAAGGAAAGACUGGAACAGAAGAGUGGGUCCACUAUGCGAUACAAGCCAAGUACAAAAUCAAAAUAUGUUCAUUAUUGCAGUUUUAAGGAUGUGAAUGUAAACGUUCCACCAAUGAAGGGAACUAACCCUAAUGAAUUCUCUGCAAGCAUAUUAUAUCUGUUAAGAAGUGAUGGAAAUUACAUGAAUCUUAGUGGAGAGACUAUACGACCCAUUUGGAAAGAAUUAUCAAGAGGAACUCAAGUCUCAGAUCAAUUAACACAUAUUGUAUUACAUGAUGAAUUGAGUUUACCGUUAGGAAAAGUCCAGUUACGGGUUCCAGGAAGAAGUCUAAGAGGUCACAAUGGACUAAAGGAUAUAUUGAGGAUGUGCCCAAAUAUACCACAUUACAACCUUGCCAUCGGGAUUGGUAGACCGGAUUCACACGAACCCAGAGACGUUGCUGACUAUGUACUAGGUAAAUUCAACCACGAAGAACUUGAGAUACUUCAUACAAAGACUCUAGAUCAUGUGUGGAGACUUGUUCAACCUCAUAUAUUGAGACAAGAGACUCAAAAUGAUCGUGCUUGA